UCCUAGUCAUGGCGAAAACUCUUUUUUAGUUUGUUCCUUGAAAUAUAUAUUAUAUAUAUUUGUACUCAUUAAUUGUAUAAUCCCAAUAUUAACACAGAUUUUUCUUUUUUCACUUCCUUUUGAUGAGUAUUCCCCCAAAUAGUUUAGUGAUAUUCUUCCGGUGUAUGGGCGAUUGUUUGGUGCUAUUUGUGGAUUUCUUUUCUCGCAAGUCUGGAAUCUACGGGUUUAGAUAUUGUGUUUACUGGGGGUUGUAUGAAAUAGAAUUUAAAAUAUUGUUGGGCUACUGAAGUCCCCUCUUUUACUUCUGCUGCUACUUUUUCUUCAAAAAUAAACAAAAAAAAAAGAAAAAGAAAAGGAAAGAAAGAAAGAAAGAAAUUGGAUACGAGUAAUUGGAUAGUUAGUUGGAGCAUACAAUGAAGAUUGAUUAUCCAGAACGAUGUCACCACAAAGAGUUUGAAGAAUAUUUUAAUGUUGGUCUGCAAACUUUUAUGGACAAUGCUGCGAAAAAGGAAGAGCAAAUUUUCGAAGAAGAGAAGAUAGUAUUGGCCAAAACAUUCGAGGAAAACGCAGUGAGUUUGGCUGUUUAUGGAGAUAAUGGAUUGAGAAAAGAAGGUGGUGUUGCUUCACCAAGUGCUUCCUGGGGAAUUGAGGACUCACAUACUGAAACUAAUAACACAAAUCAUAACCUUUAUGCUAAAAGGCAGCGACUUUGUGAUGGUGCUGUGGUACAGAACGGUGAUACUUUACACGAUCGGAGUGUGACAGUGUUGUCAUUACAAGAUUCUAUGGCCAACAUGGUUGAAACCAAGAAUCUUGGGUUGAUUCCGGGUCAAGAUGGAACUCAAUCCUUACUUACAAAGGAGCAACUUGACGAGAGAAAAGAAAGAAGAAAGCUCUCGAAUAGAGAAUCAGCUAAAAGAUCAAGAUUGCGCAAACAGCAAGAAAAUAAGAUGCUGCAAGAACGUGCCAUGAAGCUGCAACACGAGGUAUCCGAGCUCAGGGAUGGCGUAGUUUUGAUUGCUGAGAAGUGUCACCAACUAACCGAAGAAAACAUAUCCUUACUGGAUGAUUUAGAGAAGGCGUCUUGUCCAAAUGAUGCAAUUUCUGAAUUAAAAGCAAGGUUCCAUGCCUUAGUAAAUCACAGAAAAAGAAGUUCAAGCAGUGAUUCUGACUCAACGGAUGAUGAUCAGAUUAGGGAAUCAACAAGUCACUCUGACUGAAAUGUUCAAGUCCAAUAGAGGAUCCAUGAUAACACCACUUUCAAAUAGCUUUAACUUAUUCAUUUGUAAUCUUUUUGGGUUAUAUUCUUUUAGCAAGAUUCCUCUUUUGCAUACUCUCGAUUUUUUAGAAAUGAUAUUACAAUAAUGAGCUUUAGCAUCAUUUGAUACC